CCCGCCCUUCCUGAUUCCAUCAUUCCCUGCUGACGCUCCGUGCGCGCAUGUCGCUCUCUAUUCUAUCAUAAAUUUGUAAAUACGUAGUCGUACGUUAGACUAAGUUCAUAGUUAAUAAUGUGUUUGGCUAAGGAUGAAACUCAAUCGCCGCAGAAAGAGGUGUCGUCACCUCGCUCGCCAUGGGCUAAACUUCUAAGCCGUCAGGGCUCGAAGCCUCGGCUACCGCGAAAGGUGACGACCUCUACGCGGGUUAAUCUUAACAAGUGCUGGUCCAAGUUAGGAGAGCUGAUCUCCAACUCGGGCCCACGCACUGACCUACCAUCGCAAAAGACUGCAUACUCUGAAGAGCCUUUAGUAGUACCUUUCUCAAAUUUUUUCUACCCUGUGGACCCGGUGAAACCGGUACCCGUCGAAGACAACGACAACGCAGAAAAUCAAAACAACGUUAAUGCCAACCGCUUCGAGUUGAUAUCCGACGACAUGGAAGUGAACGACAACAUGGCAAACGAAGUCCGCGAGAUCUGCUACACGGCUUCGAACAACUGUUUCGUAUGUAAUCUUAACUAUUAGUUAUCUAUGUUCAUUAUUUUCGGUACUAAAACAUGCAGUGAAAACAAAAUCGUGUCUUCCAAGAGUAGUUGUAGUGCGCCUGCGCAGGCGUAAAUCCAAUGUCUUCCAUUAGACUUAGUGGUGUGAAGUGAUGACGCGAGGCCUCGUUUCGUUGUGAUUUAGCCUACGAUUGUGAUCUAGCAGUAGUAUUGCGCUGGCGACGCGUCAUGACGUCACACAGUUUGUGUUAACGUAACAGUAUAAUGUCACAUGUUUUGGUAGACAGCUUUAAUGAACUGCACUGUAAUUAACUUGGCACCAUCUUCGGCUAUAACCUCUACUUGCAAUGAUGCAUUUGUAGCAACCUAUUUUAUUUUCAAUCCAAUGUCUUCCAUUAGUUAGUAAGAGAGAUUUAUAUCGUUGUCUGUGAUAUGAGAUUUAUAGUAAAAGAAGCUUUAAUUAGUUUUAAGGGUAUGAAGAAAUUAUAUCUCCAACUGAAUUAUUAGUUUAGAUUUAGGUUAUUUUGGUUCUGGAAUAUUCUUUUGAUUUUGGUAGGGAAUGAAAAAUAAGCCAUAAAACUGUGUCUUAGGUUAAGUUUACUGAUAACACAUCAGUGAUUGAAAGCUUUAAUAGUCUGUAAGGUUUAAAAUAAGACAGAGUUUAUAUAGUAAUAAGGUUUAGUUUGCCAUGUUGUAGUUUUGGAAAAAUUGUGUUUAGUACAUUGUUUGUAAUGUUAAUUUUGAUGACAUAGGCCGACCGUGCCAAUCUUAUGUUUAGGCUAAAGUUAUUGUUAGUUAUUAAGUUUAGUUAAGCGUGUACUUUAAGCAUUAUUGUUAAGUGUAAUUCAAAAUCUUCCAUUGUCUCUCUCGAUUUUAGAAUUUUUAUAAUUAGUGUAGUUUACUGUAGUGCCUUAGUUAUUUUAGACUGAUAUAGUUAAGAAUUCAAGACUUUCCUUUGAUCUCGGAAUCUUAUUAAAUAAAUAAAUGUGUAAAAAAAAUA